AUCGAGGCAGGGAACCCCGACCUGACACCUCUGGAGGUACUUCGCACUCCAGAUUUCUACCUGCUCUGGGUGGCACUGGCCGUAAAUCAUUACGGUUAUAUCAUCAAAAACAACUACUACAAGGAGUUCGGCCAGCUCCGGAUCAGCAACGACCAUUUCCUGACGACAACAGGCACACUGGCCACUGUGGGCGUGGCUUUGGCGAGACUGCUGUGGGGGCUGGCCACUGAUUGGCUGGGUACUAAAAUUGUUGUUAACCUUAUCUCUCCACCAAUCAUCCGCCAAAUUCUGUUACAAUUUGGCUGGUUUUGGCUCUUUUUCAGCAUCGCUGCUGUCAACGUAAUAGGUAAGAAAAGUUGCGAAAUGCAGCUUAUAUUAAGUUCCUAAUCCUUAAUGUUGCCAUCCGUGAUCAUAAUUUGAAUGUGAGGCAGCCUGGUGAAAUCAGGCACUCGUCAAAAUUUUGAAGUCAAGAAAUU